CUACGUUUACGUCUGUGACAAAGUGCCACGUGAGGUCCUAGAUUCUCUGGAGGAACUGGGAUAUCAUCUUGUAGGGACAGGUGGUGUAGGACAAACAUACGUGUGGACAAUGCACAAACCUGCUGGCAUUUGAAAAGGAACAUUGGUGCAUUUAAAACAUGGCUAAAGUCCAGGUGAUGAAUGUUGUUGUACUCGACAAUCCGUCAGCUUUCUUGAAUCCAUUUCAGUUUGAAAUAACAUUUGAGUGUGUAGAAGAUCUCCAGGAAGAUCUCGAAUGGAAAAUAAUUUAUGUUGGUUCUGCAGAAAGUGAAGCAUUUGAUCAGGUACUAGAUACUGUGUAUGUGGGACCUGUGCCAGAGGGACGGCAUAUGUUUGUAUUCCAAGCAGAACCUCCAGAUCCAAAAAAAAUACCAGUGGCAGAUGUUGUUGGUGUCACUGUUGUGUUGCUCACAUGUUCAUAUAGGGGCCAGGAAUUCAUCCGUGUUGGUUACUACGUAAAUAACGAUUACACGGACCCUGAGCUGCAGGCCCAGCCACCAGCAACACCACAGUUCGACAAACUGCAACGCAAUAUUCUCGCAACAAAUCCUAGAGUAACUCGUUUCAAGGUUGACUGGGAUGACAACCCCAGUAGAGCAACAAGUAAUGGAGGUGGUGAGAAUGGUACUGCUGUGAUGGAAAGUGGAAGUACUACAAAUGGCAUGCGCUCAUCCCUUGAGGCAACUAUGACAGCAAAUAGUUUGGAUGGUGGACCUAUAAGGGCUAGUAUAUUAGCUUCUGGAGAGACAAGUAUGGAGAUGUAGUUGUUUAUUUGUGAAACAUUGUUAAAAGUGCUGCAAAGAAAGUGGUUAAGACAUUCAAUUGCACAUUUUGCAAGCAAGACUGCAGUAAUAAAACAUUAUUUAAGGCAAGCUGACAAGAUGGAUCAAUACAGCGGUGAGC